AUGGACGAUUCUAUUUCAUUCGAAUUCCAAUCCAAAAAUGAUUUUGAAGAAUUACGACAAAUCAUAUUUUCAUUUCUUGCAGUUACGCUAUUGUUCUUAUUUUCUUUAAUCAGUUCGUUUAUAUUCUUGCCUUUUUCGAAGAACGCCAAGACGAAAUCCACAUCAUUUGAAAGAUUUGUGUUUAUAUGGCUAUUAUGGGAAGCAUUAAUACACAUAAUAAUAGAAGGACCGUUUGUUUAUAUGUCGGUGAUGGGAAGUGUAGAAAAGAGCAAUGGGAUCAUGGCCGAUAUGUGGAAAGAAUACGGCAAGGCUGAUAGUCGAUGGUUGACUUCCGAUCCCACAAUCGUAUCUGUAGAAAUUCCCACAUCUAUAUUUCUCGGUCCAUUGUCUAUUUACGUUCUUUAUUUACUAGUCACCAACCAUCCGUCAAGACACUAUUGGCAGUUAGUGUUAUGUAUAUGUGAUAUUUACGGAUGCUGGAUAACUUUUUGCCCAGAAUGGUUGACUGGGAACCAGAAAUUACACACAGAGAGUUUUAUGUAUUUUUGGGUUUAUCUUGUGUUUUUCAAUGGACUCUGGGUAUUAAUCCCAUCGAUACUGGCGUACCAAUCGUGGACUUAUAUUGUACAAAAUGCAAAGCUUGUGCAAGAAUUUGAGAAACAGAAUUUGAAAGUCGAUUGA